AUGAAGCCAUUACUAAUAUGCUUAUAUUACGGGAUUUCAUCGACGCUUACGAACAUUUCCAACAAGUAUUUGAUCAAUAAUUUUAACUUCAAGUGUUCUUUCAUAAUGCUUCUAAUUCAGUGCUCUAUCGCCAUACUUUUUAUUGAAGGAGCUCGCAGAAAAGGAGUCUAUAAAGACAUUCCAAAAAUGAGCAUCACUCAAAUGAAGAGAUCCUCAAUCAUGACCUUGGCCUUCAUGGGAAACAUUAUAUUUGGCUUGAUUGGGAUGACUUAUGUGAACCUCCCAAUGUAUGUCUCGCUCAGAAAGCAGUCAACAGUGAUGGUUUAUAUUUCAGAAUUGUACUUAUUCAAAAAGCCUAUUGAAAAAUGAAGCACCGUUGGGGUCCUGAUGAUUUCUUUGGGUGCCGUUAUUUCUGCAAUAAAUGAUUAUUCAUCUAGCCUUCUUGGCUACUUGAUCGUUCUUACGUCAAAUGUGAUGAACACAGGACUACUAUACUCAGCAAAGAAGAUGAAGAUGGAGGACAGCAAAAAUGGAGCCUUCGCACAGCUGUAUUAUACUGCAAUCUUGUCAAUUCCGUUCAUUUUGAUUUCUAUUUACUACACAAAAGAGAACGUGUCAUUGCAGUCAAAUCCUUACCUAAACUCUUCAGAGUUUCUGAUCUGCCUUGUUGUGGCAGGUUGCAUGGCUUUUAACAACAACUUUGGGUGCUUUUUGUGCGCAACUCAAAAUUCACCUAUGGCUACAACAGUUACAGGCAAUGUAAAAGAUAUUGUAUCAGUCUUCAUAGGCUUAUUAGCUUUUUCUGAUGUAAAACCAACCCCCCUGUUUUUAACAGGGAUUAUUUUUAGUGCUACUGGGGCCCUUCUAUACUCUGCUACUAAGUUAAAGGAUUUGAAAACUAAAAAGGAAUAG